AUUAAUCCGUUCCAGAAACCCAAAAAUAUUCACACAAAAAAUACAUUUUAUAGAGAUGAAUUACAGUUUUACAUACAACAAAUACUAUAGUUUUUAAUUAUGUAUAGUAAUACAUAUAAAAUAACAUUUUUACUUACCUUUAUUGAAGAUUGGUGAUGGCAUCUGGAAGAUAGGGAGGAGGAGAGAGGGAGUUGGGGUUAGUGUUUGGAAGGAGAAUCCCCCUCCAUGAGGAUUUCAGAUAUGGGGAUGAACUAUUUAAGUCUUAGUAUAAGAGAUGUUUCAUCUCUGCUGAAGCAAAAAACCAUCUCAUCAUUAGAGCUCUGCAAUGCAGCCUUGAAGCGUCAAAAUGCCGUGGCUAAACUACAUCCCUUUAUCACCCACACACCAGAUCUCGCUAGAGAGUCUGCACUUCACUCCCAGAAAAGGUAUGAUAGAGGAGAGCAAAACCUCCCGUUGGAUGGGAUUCCAGUAGCAGUCAAAGACAAUUUCUGUACUUCAGGGAUUCCAACAACAUGUGGCUCAGUAAUGUUGCAGAAUUAUAUCCCCACUUACUCUGCAACUGUGGUAAGGAGACUCCAGAAGGCUGGUGCAGUAAUUGUUGGUAAAACAAACUUGGAUGAGUUUGGGAUGGGAUCUGGAACAACAGACUCCACAUUUGGGCCAUCUAAAAACAUUUAUCGCUCUGGAGUUGAGUAUAACUUUCUCCACCCAAGCAGAGAAUAUGAUAACAUCCUUUCUAGAAUCCCAUCUACUGCACUUGAAAAUGGAGAUUGGUAUGUAACGGGAGGCAGCUCUGGGGGUAGCGCUUUGGCUGUGGCAUCGGGCACAACUUUCUUGGCAUUAGGGUCUGACACUGGAGGGUCUGUGCGCAACCCAUCAUCCUACUGUGGGGUCGUCGGUUUGAAACCCUCGUAUGGGUUAGUGUCACGGUUUGGACUCAUCAGCUUAGUUAACUCCUUAGAUGUACCUGGGCUGUUCGGUCGCUAUGUUGAUGAUGUUGCUACUAUGCUCAGUGUUGUCUCUGGGCUGGACCCUCAGGAUUCAACUAGUGUAUCAAGUGAUCUGCAGAAUCUGAAGCUUCCAGAAAAUCCUAGUUUAGAUGGCUUAAUUAUUGGUAUACCAAGAGAGUACCAUUGGCCAGGCAUGAGUAAGGAGAUAGUUGAUGAGUGGACAAAAGUGGCAGAUUUGAUGGAGGACAGUGGAGCCCAGGUUCGUGAGGUAUCAAUGCCACAUACACAGUAUUCCAUCAUCUGCUACUCAGUCUUAAAUCCAUGUGAAGUGGCUUCCAAUUUUACAAGAUACACUGGGGUUGGCUAUGGGCAUCGCGUAUCGGCAUCUCACUCUAUGGAAGCUAUGUAUGCCUUCACUCGAUCUUCAGGAUUGAAUGAGGUUGUUAAGGGACGAAUCUUAGCUGGAAACUAUUUUCUCUUAAGGGAGAAUAAAAGCAAAUAUUUUAAACAAGCUUUAAAGGUACGUCGCCUUAUUUCAGAAGACUUUAGCAAGGUGUGGGCCAGCGGAGUUAACCUCCUCCUCACUCCAGUAACAUUGUCCACUGCUAUCAGAUACUCUGAAUUCCAAAACCUAGAUAACCGUACUCAAACAGCAACUCAAGACAUUUGUACUCAAGCAGCUAACAUGGCAGGUGUACCAGCAGUUAGCAUACCAGUGUCAUUAAAUACUGAAGGCUUACCAGUAUCACUUCAGCUGAUAGGUCAGUGGGGAAAAGAUCCAGCUAUGUUGUCUGCUGCUAAGUGGGUUGAACAAAAUGUAAAAUUUCCGAGAAUAAAUAUUUUAGAAUAAGUGUCUUUUAUAUGUAAAUACAGUAUUAUAUAGCUGAA